CCUUCAGUAGAGAAUUUUUCGUGCAGUUGAACAGACGUGUUUCGGAAUACUACAAAAUGGGACAAAGUGGUUCCAAGUCCAAGCAAAGCUAUCGUGUAUCGAAUGCUGCAAAGCCGCAAACAAAAUCCACGCCAGAGGUUAGCGAGGCAAAGUCUAAGGUCGUCACGGCAUCUGCACCUGCACCCGUAUCCGCCCCCGCCCCAACACUGGACAUUAAACUGGUGCCAAAAUGGAUUGAUGAGACGCAUUUUGUUGAUAUUUUGCGUGAGAGCUUGCCACAAUUCUCAAAGAUUCAAAGCUUUCACAUAAAGCCCGCUAUGUGCGCCGGAGAGAACUAUGCUACGCUCAUGUUACGGGUGAGCAUCGACGCUGAACUAACUGACAAAACUAUAAAACCAGUUUCAUAUAUGAUGAAAGUGCCACAUGAUACGCCAACAAUGCAACAAAUGUUGGAAGUUGCCAAUUUCUUUGAUAUUGAAAACGCUGCUUAUAUGGAUCUAGUGCCCAGAUUCGAGCAGCUCUACAAGGACAAAGGUAUUGAUGUGACCUUCGGACCCAGAGCCUACAAGUUUAAGGAGAGCCUUGAAAAGGAACCCAAACUUGCCAAUACAGUGGUGAUGCGUGAUUUGGGACAGGAUGGCUAUAAGAAUGUAAAUCGCCUCAAUUGUCUCGAUUUUGAAGGCACAAAACUUGUGCUGCGUAGAAUUGCCCAAUAUCAUGCGGCGGGCGCACAAUAUCAAAAGGUGCAUGGAGCAUAUCCAGAUCGUUUCUUGCAUGGAAUGUUUGGUAACGAUCCUGCGAAGGUGAUGGUUUUUAUGGAAGGCAUGAUAAAGCCUAUGCAAAAAAUGUUUCUAUCUAAUCUUAAGCAUUAUAAAGACGGGGAAAAGUACCAUGACAAGAUGGAAAAAUAUUUUAAUCAAUCUCUGCAAGAAUUCAUAACGUUGGGCACAUUUAACCCGCAUGAGUUUAAUGUUAUGAAUCAUGGUGAUUGUUGGGUUAACAAUUUUCUGUUCAAGACAGCGGCUAAUGGCGAACUGGUCGACAUGCUGUUCGUGGACUUCCAGAAUCCCAGAUAUGGCCAUCCAGCCGCUGAUUUACUUUACUUUAUAAUGACUUCUGUGCAUAUUGAUUACAAACUCAAUAACUUUGAUUACUUUAUAAAAUACUAUCAUGAGCAAGUAACUGAAAAUCUAAAACUGCUUGACUACGAUGGAAUUAUACCGAGCUUAAGAGAUCUACAUAUGCAAAUGUAUAAAUAUGGAGCGUGGGCUGUUACUGCUGCCAUGAUGGUGCUGCCAGUGGUGCUAUUGGAAUCAAAUGAGAGUGCUACGUUCGACAAUUUCAUAGGCAAAGGUGACCAGUCCGCCAACUUUCAGAACCUGAUGUUCACAAGCAAACGCUAUAUAUCAUAUAUAAAUGAGAUACUGCCCUGGCUGGAUAAUCGUGGUCUCUUGGAAGUCAACCCACCCACACCAAGCGAUGAGACUAAGCCUCAGCCCAUCGCAGAGACAACGCCAACAGAAGCUCAAGCAGACAACUCCGAUUCUAUUCCUAGCUGGCUUACAAGUGAUUACUUUAAGGAUAUACGCUCAGACGUUCAAGACAUAAAAAAUUUUCGUGUUGCAAAAGCCACUGAGGCUGGUGAUAACUACUCCUCUGUUUUGCUAGCUGUGGACAUGGAUUUUAAGAGCACGUCAGGUCAAAGCACUGCCGGGGCUUAUAUGUUAAAGAUAGCGCCAAGUGAUGAAGCAUCAAACAAACUGCUGGAUAUGAUGCUCACGUUUAAAAAAGAGCUAACCAUGUAUAAUGAAGUUAUACCUGAACUACAGAAGCUCUAUGAGCUAGCUGGUCAUUCAGUCAGCUUUGCGCCAGCCAAUUACAAAUUUAAGAAAGACUUGGAUAGUGACUAUCUGUUGUUGGAGAAUAUGCGUCCAGCUGGCUAUAAGAAUGCAUGCCGCCUGGAAGGACUUAAUUUAAAUGAAACCGAGCAUGUCCUAGCCAAAUUGGCGUUGCUGCAUGCUGCCUCAGCUCAACUAUACGCCACCAAAGGCAACUACGAUGAUUGCUUAACCAAGCCUUUGUACAAUGAGAAAACACGACCAAUCUUUGAGGGCACUCACAAUAAAGCUUUCGCAAAAGCUAGCUUAGAAGCUAUUGGCACCUUUAAGGGCUCCGAGCAAUUUGCUGACAAAAUGAAAUAUGUUCUAGACAACUCUUUUGAGCUGACCGCAAAGGCUGAAGUAUACGAUGAAACUGAGUUUAAUUGUCUCAAUCAUGGCGACUGUUGGACAAAUAACAUAUUAUUUGCUUAUGAUGAUAAGGGCGAGGUUAAGGAUACGCUUUUUAUAGACUUUCAGCGCUCCAGCUUUGGCUCGCCAGCUCGUGAUCUGUAUUAUUUCAUUUUUAACUCAACACAGUUGGAAAUUAAAAUUGAAAAGUUUGAUCAUUUCAUACGCUACUAUCAUGGAGAAUUGGAGCGUAAUCUAAAGCUGUUGAAUUAUUCACGCCAAAUACCUACACUGAAGGAACUGCACUACUCCUUGUUAAAAAAUAGUUUUUGGGCUGUGUCCACAGUCGCCAUAAUAAUGAGUAUUAUCCUUGUCGAUCCCUCGGACAAUGCGAGCAUAGCAACAAUGCUUAACGAUGAUGAGAAUGGUAGAAAUUUCAUAAAGAAACUAUUCCAGAGUGAGAGAUAUUGCAAACACGCCGAAGCAAUUUAUCCCUGGCUUAAUCAUAGAGGUCUUUUAGAGUUUGAGUAACAUAAAUACUCGUAUUAAUCACUGUAAUUAUAUGCAUAUAUGUUUUGUUUUCAA